AGGUUUCUCAUGCAUACGAACCAUUUCAUUCAAUUCAUAUGUUUCGAACGAAACAUCUUGGCCCAAACACAUCCAUCAAACCGUAGUGCCUUCUUUCGAUUUGAAGGGCAAACAUUUUGUGCCCUCUUUGAGACACGGUUGCGAACGAUCUUGAGACGAACGAGCAGAUCUGUCUGUGUUCAACGGUGCCUUUUACGUAUUGCAGUAGAUCUAGGGGCGAUCGUGUUGAUCAAACUUGCCGCAAGACUUGUCGCCGUGUUUCGAGUUCAACCACCACAGUCUUGCUUUGUUUGUCAGGACGCUCGGCCACACUUUUCACAGUCCUUAUAACAAUCGAUAAUUCCGGGACUACAUACGCACAUACAUACAGGAACCUUCUUGCGGUGAUUGAUUUUGGCAACUCCUUCAAGUUUCAAGAUGGAGCGGAAGACUUCACGGAAAUUGUCCACGGAUAUGCACCGCAAACUCUCGGCCAUCUCCACGUGCUCGAAUGUUUCGGAUAUUUCAUUAAGAUUAGGAAUGGAUCCCAAUGACUUUAAGUCGACCAUCCAAAACAUUUUGGAUCUCGAUGUGGGCGAUGCUUGGGAAUUGGAAUCCGAGGAUGGACUCAGUUGUUAUGGAGAUGAAAGUGGAUUUGACGAUGUUCCAAACGACACGAUUACAGUCCAAGUUGAGCAAAGAAAAUCGUCCACAGGAUCCCAGGCCUCAACAGACUCAUUAGAUGAUGCUGAAUCUUUCGAGCCGGUUCAAAUUGACAUGCAAUCCCUGAAAGGAGCCUUGAACCUAUAUCAAAGGCACAAGAAAAUUUCCAUGUCUAGAGUGGUUGCACCACCAACCAUCCAAGAAAAAGGCGAAAAAUAACCAGAAAAAAUGGACACGAAGUAUCACCUUGGUGUUUAUUAUGCAUGUGUGUUUAACUUAAAUAUAUGAUUUUUUUCCCA